UCACUAAAACUUAGAGACUUGCAGCCAGCAAGCGGUCAACAAGAUUUUUGUGAGGAGAUAGAAUUUGUUUAAACGGAUCGUGAGCGAACGGCAGCCGCUUUUGGUGAAAAUUUUAACAAGCCAGCUCGGAAUUCUCAUUUUCCCCAAGUCCCCAAGCCCUUCAAUCAAACGGGAGAGCCGCCUCCCUCAACACCUCCGCUCCGUUCAUUUGAUUUUGAGAAGGAAUUACACAUUCAUUUCAAGGGUGCAAGUUGCUAAGUUUCCUGCGGGUGAAGUUGAACGAGCCCCGGGGACAGGACAGAGCGGGAUCACUCUGCUCCGGAGAAAGAGCUGACGCCGCAAUUCGCUUCAUUCCUUGAGGUUAAUUUGUCUCCCAGGGUUUUACAAUUCUUUCCAGAAGAAAUGAUGAACGAUUUCAUUUUCAGAAUUUAGCAAACGCGAGCGUGAAUAUAUUGAAACUGUAUACAACACAAAUCCCUGAAAAUCGAAGCGUUUUUAUAAAUUUGUCAAAUUAAAUCUGAAAUCUGGUCAAGGAGACAUUCCGAGAGAGGCUGAAAUUAACGCCAUAAAACUAGCGAUUUCCGAUGAUGGAAUCAUCCCCGACAUGUUCACAAUGUCAGUGUCUGGAAGCUGUUGUAAAGUUCCCUCUGCCACAAUCCAACCACCACCUUCACACCUUACCACAGCCUUUCGGCCAUUCCCGUUAACCAGAGAUAUACUCGUUCCAGACCCGGGAUUAACAGGGCCCCUAUCCCCGCAAACAAGCCCCCAAUCACCCCCACCAACCCCUCCCCCACCAAGCCCAUUCGGGUUGGGAAUGUAGAGAGGAGCCGGGAGUGGGGAAAGCACUCAGAGACUGGAACCGCACAGCCCGGGAUGUGCGUGUCCCGGGGAGAGAGCUCCCAGAGAGCCGGACUGAGGCCUGGUUGCUCCAACUUAGAGCGUCUGCAAAUGUCCUGGGGUCGUUUGACCGUCUCUUCACGCCGCCCUCUUCCCGGGAUAUCGGCAGCAUGUUGGCCCGGCUCUUCAGUGACUCAAACCUCAUGCCCGAGGCUCACAAAUACCCCGCCUGGGUGGAGGACAGUGAGAGCGAUGAAGAGAAACUGAGGGAGGAACGCAAUAGCGAGAGCUGUGACCCUCAGGACAGUCAGGCUGAGGACUCGGUGAGUGUGGCCCAGGACAAUGAAGAGGCAGAAACCGGGAUGGAGGAGGAGGAUGAAGAUGAGGAGGAAGAGGAGGUGGAGGAAGAGGAGGAGAAUGGGACCCGACCCAGGAAGCGGGGCCCGAAAAGGAGGAAGAUGACCAAGGCGAGACUGGAGCGCUUCAAGCUGAGGCGCCAGAAGGCGAACACCCGGGAGAGAAACCGCAUGCACGACCUGAACUCCGCCCUGGACAAUCUCCGCAAAGUUGUUCCGUGUUACUCAAAAACGCAAAAACUUUCCAAAAUAGAAACUCUGCGCUUGGCGAAGAACUACAUCUGGGCUCUGUCGGAGAUCCUGCGGUCGGGCAAGAGGCCGGACCUUGUGUCCUAUGUGCAGACUCUGUGUAAAGGCCUAUCCCAGCCGACUACCAACCUGGUGGCUGGCUGCUUACAGCUCAACUCCCGCAACUUCCUCAGCGAACAGACCGCAGAGCCCGGCCGUCUGCAGCCGCCCACUUCCACCUUCGCCAUGCACCCAUACCCGUACCAAUGUGCCCGGCUGCCGAGCCCACAGUGCCAGGCUGGGGCUGGUACCAGCAGCCACCCACUGCGCUCCCACUCUUACUGUGGGGGCUAUGAGCAACACCUGUAUGGGAACGGCUCUCCUGAAUACCCGGGCUCCGAGCUGGAAGGUUCCCUGAGCCCUUCUCUCUGCACGAACGGCGGCUCCUACUCCCUGAAGCCGGAGUCGCCCCCGGAGCACGAGAAGAAUUAUCACUACACCAUGCACUAUUCGGCAAUGCCCAGCUCCCGAGGAGCUGCCCAUGGGCUGCUACUCCGGCCCGGUCUGCACUCGGACAGCCUAACUGCCUAUGAUUCCCACAUUCACCACGAUAGGACUGCAGUCUACGAGGAACUGAACGCGUUUUUCCACAAUUAACUGUAGACAAGUUCCCAGUGACUUUGGCCAGCGAAGGGAUGUGACUGAGUGGCUUUGCUCCAGCGACAGACUCACCCCCAGAAAGAGACCACCCUGAGCGAAGGAGAGACAGACAGAGAGAGAGAGAGAGACGGACAGAGACACAGACACCGACCAGACUGAUAGAGAGAGAGAGAGCGGAGCCUGCACCUUGGACACAGAAAGUCGAUUGUGAGUCUGUCUGUGGAAUGCUCGGUGUCCGAGGGGACGGAUGCUAUCUUCACUCUCUCUCAUCCUCCGGAUGGAUGAGAUCUUCACCUCUGCUCUCCUGGAAUAAACUCGUCGUUGGCUGUCCCACGGUCUCUGAUCUCCACAUUAAAGAUUUGGUUAUAACAAUGUGGCUGGAGACGGUGCGGCGGACAAUCGCCAGUGAAAAGCAAUAACGGAAAAUCUAUGCAAGUAAACAUUAAGGUCCUGUCGGAUGGAGUUGAACCUAGAACAGGCUUCAGGGCCGAAUGGCCUCCUCCUGUUCCUGUGUGAUUUGGACCAACCAGCCUUUAGCACUGACUCCUGAACUCGGUAACUGGUCUUUCAAGUCCAUUUCUUCCGAUAUUUCAUAAAAGUUCUAUUUAUUUUCCAGGAACUGCUACAAGAGUUUCUAUUUGUGAAAAGACUUUUGUUACAAAUUGUUUUGUUUUGUAAAAUGUUUGAAGAGCAAACUUAUUAUGCAAAAGGAAUAUUUAAAAAGUGAGAGCGUUUUCUAAUGCGCUAACACCCAGAAAUUCCUGUUUUUUUGCGUCAAUUCGAAACAAAAUGAACAGUUUCCUAUCGUCCCGCUACCAUCCGAGAGAUUGUCGGGGAUCCUUUGUGGAUCUCCUUUUAAAUAGGUCUCAGUCUGCGAGGGAUCCACAGGGAUCUGACUCUUUUCGGAACAAGUGGUUAAAACACCUUGACUGGGAAACUAAAGAGGCACAUUCCUGCCCACCUCUGACCCCCGUCAGCCCCAUAAAUCAUUGCUUCACCUUAAACAUCUUUCCCCUUCAUCUCCACCGCUUUCAGUUCAAGGUCAUUCUCAGGAACAUAUUCCACCCCCAUCCCCCACCCCUCCAUUUCAAUUCGGUUCCUUAAUCGUCACUCUGCUGCUCUGGGGUUUUACUGAACAGAAUGGCAUUGGGUGGGGGUGAAGGGAAGAGAGGGAAGGAAGUGUUGUCGUUCCGGGAAAUCAGUUUCAAUCUCAACCUCGCCUCAAUCUAUCGGAGACGACACAUAAGGAGACCAGCUCGGGCUGCUGGGAUUAGACCGGGCAAUUCUGGGAGACAGUGUGGGGUCUGGCAGUUCCAGCAGGAAAGGAGCGGGGAGCUGAGUGUCCCAGACCCGAGCAAGUUAGUGUCGCAAAAAUAAUGAGACUCCCGAAUGAAAAUGUUUUUGGGGAAAUGAUAGCAAACCCGGAAUCAACCGAGAGCGAAACUGGAACCUAAACCGGGGUCAGGAAAUUGAAAUCUCAGUCCCAACCACAGAGUAAAUGAGUGAGACCGAGAAACGGUGUGAGAGGAGUCAGUGUGUAAGAGAGGGGUCAGUGUGUGAGAGAGGGAUCAGUGUGUGAGAGAGGGGCCGGUGUGU